CGGAGCGGUUACCUUCCCGCCCCCGUGACCCCAACCCGCAUCUCCUCUGAGGCCCGGGAGCGGUCCCGGCUGCGGCGCGCUCCCGAGCCCGCCGCGUGAGGCGGUCACGCACACGCACGCUCGUGCGCACGCUCGUUCCCGCAGAACCCGGAAGUGCGAGGCGGAGGGGAGCCACGUGGGUCGAGCUGGAGCGCAGCUCGCAUGGGGGAGUCUAUCCCGCUGGCUGCCCCGGUGCCGGUGGAACAGGCGGUGCUGGAGACGUUCUUCUCUCAUCUGGGUAUCUUCUCUUACGACAAGGCCAAGGACAAUGUGGAGAAGGAACGAGAAGCCAACAAGAGCUCGGGGGGCAGCUGGCUGUCGCUGCUGGCGGCCUUGGCGCACCUGGCCGCGGCCGAGAAGGUCUAUCACAGCCUCACCUACCUGGGGCAGAAACUAGGGGGCCAGUCUUUCUUCAGCAGGAAGGAUUCCAUCCGCACCAUCUAUACUUCCCUGCAUAAUGAGCUGAAGAAGGUGGUGACUGGCCGUAGUGCCCUGGGUGGGACUGCUCCCCACGUGGAAGAACUGCUUUCCCACCUGUCAGAGCAGCUCUGCUUCUUUGUUCAGGCUCGGAUGGAGAUCGCAGACUUCUAUGAGAAGAUGUACACCCUCAGCACACAAAAGUUCAUCAAUGCUGAAGAGCUCGUUGGCCUUUUGGACGCUAUCCUCAAGAAAUACAGCUCCAGAUUUCACCACCCAAUCCUCAGUCCUUUGGAAAGCAGUUUCCAUCUGGAAGUCGAUGUCCUGAGUCAUCUCCUGAAGGCCCAGGCCCAGGUCUCUGAGUGGAAGUUCCUGCCAUCUCUGGUUAACUUACACAGUGCUCACACCAAGCUGCAGACCUGGGGCCAGAUCUUUGAGAAGCAGCGGGAGACCAAGAAACAUCUGUUUGGAGGGCAGUCUCAGAAGGCCGUGCAGCCCCCACACCUUUUCCUUUGGCUGAUGAAACUCAAAAACAUGCUCCUUGCCAAGUUUAGCUUUUACUUUCACGAGGCACUGAGCCGACAAACGACUGCUUCAGAAAUGAAAACAUUGACUGCAAAAGCUAACCCAGACCUUUUUGGAAAGAUUUCCAGCUUCAUCAGGAAAUAUGACGCUGCCAAUGUGUCCUUAAUUUUUGACAACCGAGGUUCUGAGAGCUUUCAAGGUCAUGGCUAUCACCACCCUCAUUCCUACAGAGAGGCCCCUAAGGGCGUGGACCAGUAUCCAGCCGUGGUAUCUCUGCCCAGCGACAGGCCUGUCAUGCACUGGCCCAAUGUCAUCAUGAUCAUGACGGACCGCACUUCUGACCUGAACAGCUUGGAGAAAGUGGUCCACUUCUAUGAUGACAAAGUUCAGAGCACCUACUUCCUAACCCGCCCAGAACCUCACUUUACCAUUGUUGUCAUUUUUGAGUCAAAGAAAUCUGAGAGAGACUCCCACUUUAUUUCCUUCCUCAAUGAGCUCUCACUUGCCCUUAAGAACCCCAAAGUGUUUGCAAGUCUGAAACCUGGAUCCAAAGGUUAGCAGGUGAUUUGGGUGAAAGAUUUUCAAGACUAGACACUUAAUUGCUCUAAUGAUCGACAGUCACCUGUGAUUAGAAUUUAUAUCCACUCAUUCUUCUUUCAGAGCUACAUUAAAGACAAAUCCUCCCAAAUUGUGUUGCACACUUUAUAAGCAAUUAAAGCCAAUUGAAUGAAGUAUCCAAAGAGUAAUCUAGGAAGUGGUCAUGGGCUACCAUGUAUCUCCAUGGCAUAGCAAAGGAGUUUCAGUGUUUUCUCCUAUUUUCCUGUAUUUCAUGUAGACUGAGUAUUUAUUGGCCCUUGAUUUUUCUUUCCAGAUGUUUUUUAUUGUUCUAAACAAACACUGUGUUUUAAUGCAAUUCCAAACACUCUCUCUCUUCCGCUCCUUCUUGGAAGAGUAAUUGGAAUAAGUUAUUAAAUGGCCUUUUUAGAAUUAAGGACUGUAUGUUUUCUAUCUCAUAAAUUAACAAAUUAACGUGGAGUUAUUAGCUUUAUGAUUCUGACCUACAAAUUAAUAUUUUUGAUGCCAAAAUUAGGAUCAUGGUAAGAAAUUUCUAUCAGUUACUGAAAUUGAAGGUAUAUCAGAUUGAUAGCAUAACAUCAGGUUUUAACAUUUCAGAAGAUCCUUGUGGCAACUUUAAUAGCCAUGGGUUCUUUUGGGGUGACCUACACACCUAAUUGCAUUUGGUUUUACCUUUAUAAAGUUUGAAUUUUUCACUCUGUUUUAAAGUCAGCAUAAGCCUUCAUGUGGAGUUUCUUCAUUCUUCAGCGUAUUAUCUGCUUGGCUUUGUGUUUAUCACUUGUCUGCCGAAAUGUAUGUUCACGUUUGGCUCCGCUCCCUCGUUAUUUUUAGGCUUAAAAACAUGCAGUCUUGGUUUUUCAGCCACUUUUAGAUACUCGUGUAAUGUAGCCUACUUUUGUAAAAUCAAAAUGAAGGUCUUGAUACCUUGUACUUGUUAAAAAUCAAGUGUGCAUUCAAAAGAUCUCUUCAUAGUUGAGUAAUCAACUCCGUACUCAAGCACCUCUGAACUUGGCUUUCCUGCCUGCCUCCUACAAAUUAUGUUUAGAGGCAGCGCUGCAUCUUAACACAUGCUGCCUGAUCCCUCCCCUUCAGUAGGUAUUCAUGGAGAAGUAGAUGGAUCAGUGAAGGCAUAAUGGGCUGUGGAGACCUUCACUUCUAGGUUAUUGAUUCAGAAUAAAAAGAAGCCACAAAGAGUAA